AAGCUUUAAACGGGCUGAAGAAAGUUAGUGACUGUCAUUUGAAUCAGCUGUGUGAGGGGGACGGGGGCGAGUGUUUUACCUUGUCAAGGACCUCCUUGAACAACAGACAUGGGUCACCUCAUCCACUACCUGCACCUCCUGCUGACUGUCAGCAUGCUGGCCUGUCAGUGUCUCGCGGUCAACGGGCUGUUUGAGUGGCUGAGGCUGACAGAGGCACCUCGAGCAGCAGCGCCUCUUCAACCAGCUGCAGUGGCUCCAGCACAUCUUGCCAAAGACGCUCAGUUUGAGAUGGCAACUGCAGAUGAGAAGUUUUUAGCUGAGGCAAAGCAGAUCGAGCUCAGCCCAUUGGACAGCUGUCAUUACAGGGUGAUCGCUCGGCUAAAGUCGAGCUGUGACAGCCUCUCAGAAGAAAAGCUCGCAAAGCUCGGAGUGGAACUGUUUAACUGCCAGGCAGAGAUUGAGGGGCGCCAGACGUACCUAUGCACAGAGGAGAUGACCAUCAAAGAGUGUACAGCAUCCAUGGAUUCCGAUACGUGGAAUGCGUACCAUAUAGUCAGCAACCGAGCGCGCUCCGUUUGUUAUGCAACUCGACAGCAGCUUUUCCGGCGCAGAGCAGAGCACACAGUCAAUGCACUCAUCUCCACAGCCACCAGCCAGCUAGAUGCAAUGAAGGACCUGAAGGAGGGCCAGGUAGAGUUGAAAGAACUGACUGCAGCAUCACUGGACAAGCUGCUUGAAGGCCACAGUGCUCUGCAGGCUCAACAGGGGAAGCUGCACGAGGGCCAGGAGCAGAUGACGAGUUCACUGAGGGACAACCUGGAGCGUCUGGGUCAGGAAAAAGCUCUCAUCGCCUCUGGACAGGAGUUGGUAGCUCAGCUCAUUCAGGGAAUUACACAAAGAAUGGAGAAUGUGAGCGAGCAUCUUCAAAUCCAGGGCUCUGAGGUGCAGGACAGCCACAAGGCGAUUGUCAAGGACCUGGCAGAUGUAAGACACCAAGCUCAGGACAUCUAUCAGAAAAUUGACCACAGUAUGAUAGAGUUUCUGCAGUAUCAGGAUCAGACCUCCCAGUACUACACUGACCUGAUGAACAAGUUGGAGCGCAUGAACAGCACCCUGGGAGGCAUGCUGCACUACCUCGAUAAGAUGCAGAGCCGCAUAGAGGACAGGCUUCACAUGAUCCAGGGCUACCUCGGAUGGGCAGGUUUAAGUCUGACAGCUAUAUGGACGUGCAUCACACACACAGGCUACUUUGUACUGUGUGCAGUCCUGCUGACAUUCCUGCACUGUCCUGGUUUCUCUCGAGCCAUGCUGCUGCUAACUGUGCCUCUGAAUGCAGUGGCUGAAGUCAACCAGCAGCCAGCGCUGGAUCUCACCAGCCUCAGCCUGCUGCUGCUCACUCUGUCUCUGGGUCACUGGUUUGUGAAUCAGCUGUGGGCAUGCUUCCAGAUCACGAAAAAGCUGACCAGUCCACUGCUACUCAGCUCGUGCACCAUUGUGGAACCGCAGAAGCAGCCUUGCAACUCUUAUCCACCAUCAUCUACACCACAGAAAGAUGAAAAAGAUGACAUCAUUGAGAAAGACGACCUAUUGAAUCCGGACAGCUUUUUAUCAGGUUUGUGUUCAGGUGAACUUGGCAUAUCAGCUGUGUCUCCACCUCAGAGGAAGCUUACGCCAGAGUCAAGGCUUAUGCCAGUAAUUGGUAAACCAAAUCACUCCACUCCCAGGUUUAUACCAAAGCCACUUUCUUCAGCGGCUCUUUGUUACGAUAUACCCCUGAAUGAAAAAGAUGACAUCAUUGAGAAAGACGACCUAUUGAAUCCGGACAGCUUUUUAUCAGGUUUGUGUUCAGGUGAACUUGGCAUAUCAGCUGUGUCUCCACCUCAGAGGAAGCUUACGCCAGAGUCAAGGCUUAUGCCAGUAAUUGGUAAACCAAAUCACUCCACUCCCAGGUUUAUACCAAAGCCACUUUCUUCAGCGGCUCUUUGUUACGAUAUACCCCUGAGUAACCUGGAAGGUGUUUUUGAUUCAGUCACUGACUCGCAUGAUUUAGGGAAUGAUUCACGAAGUGCAAGUCCCACUCCAUCGUUAGUCAGCAACAGCUCAGUGUCAGGCCGUCAGCUGUGCAAUGGCCUCACAAAAAGAGGAAAAGUCUGUAAGAAGAGAGCCGUGCCAGGACAGGAGUACUGCAGAGUCCACGAAGGGGGGCACUCCUCAGAACAUGGAAACAGACACCAUGACUGCCCCCGCGACCCGGCCUCGGAUAAAGCGGAUGAAGAUGGAUGGAUGGAUGGAAACAGACAGUAGCAAUGUGCCACAGAUGAACAUGUAUAGCCUAUUCAUAGUGGUGGGUAACUGGUUCUAUAUAUAGAUGGAGGGAGAGAGUUAUGUGAAUUUGAGUAUGUGUAAUAUAGGUAUAACCAAAGAGUAUUUACUGCAUGGUUUGUUUCAGUAAAAGCUGUGGUGGACGUUUUAGUAGAGACAACAUGUAAGCAAUGGCCUGUGAAAAGCUGCUCUGUAGCACCUACCAAAGGGAGGAACUGGAAGAGGUUGUAUCCUGGGUGUGAGUGUUUCCUAAUUCUGAGUUUGUACAAAUCGUUUCUUGCAGACCUGACUUGUCCACUGUAGUCUGUUCUCGUCCUCUUUGGUUUGAUCAAUACACUGAUGGUCACGCAGGAAACCGACUGGAUUACUGCAGAGUAGAAAUGGACCAAUAGCUCCUGAGCUGGUGCAGGAGGUCCAUCCUCUUCUGGGCCUCUUUGAUAAUUUUGUAUUAGGUGGCAACAGAGACUGGAUCCCUGAAACCUGAAGGAGCAUGUUCAGCUGUUUAACCCCUCAUUGGUAUGCAGACUCAUCACCAACCUUCAAGUCUCAUGAUCACCAUGCCAUCUGCAAACCUCACGUUUUUAAAUAGGCUUGUGUUUUGAGGUGCAGUCGUUUGUGUAUGAGGAUCUGCAUUCCUCAAGGGCCGAUGUCCUGCAGGUUUUAGAUAGCACCCUGGUUCAACAAACCCGAAUCAAAUAUUAGUUCAUUACCUCUGGAGAACUUCAAGAUGUGUUGAGAAGGUA